UGUGAAGUUUAGACUAAGCUCUCUCUGCCUUUAAUCAGAAAAGCCAAGACGUAGUUGGAGUCUAGCAAGGCAAAACACUUCAGGAGACUUCCUCACUUACUUGUAAAGAAGAUUCAUGGAACAGUGGCAUUCUUAAAAGAAGACCUUUUCACUUCUCUCUAUUUUCUUUUUUUUUUUUUUGAUAUAAUUGAUCUGUAGUAGAGUGAAAUAGCAGCAUACUGGGGACAAAUUUAUUCAAACAGGCAUGGGGACACUUUUUGCUCUCUAUUCCAGCAUGGGACUCUGGUCCAGGAUACCUCCAACAUCUGCCAGCUCUAUCAUGAUAUUGUUUCUUGUGAAACAGUAUUUUCACUCCCAGGCCAAAGGGUCUCUGCUGGAGAAAACCACUACUGGAUGGAACAAAUAUAAACAGGAAUGCUUGAAAAUGCUGCAGGAAUCAUCUGUGGAUGGUGGAGUACAUUGCAAUGGGACGUUUGAUCAGUUUGUUUGCUGGCCAUACUCACCCCCAGGAAACGUCUCUGUUCCUUGUCCUUCAUAUUUGCCAUGGCUGGAAAAUGGAAGUGUAGGACAUGUAUACAGAGUCUGCUUGGAUGAAGGGAUUUGGCAAACAAAGGAAAAUUCCACAGACAUUUGGCGGGAUAGUUCAGAAUGUUCCGAGAAAAAUCAUUUCCAAAAAAAUGAAGAAGAACAUAAACUACUUACCACACUACAGCUGUUAUACACUAUAGGGUAUUACUUUUCUCUCAUCUCACUGGUAUUGGCUCUGCUUAUACUUUCUUUACUCAGAAAACUUCACUGCACGAGAAACUACAUCCACAUGAAUUUAUUUGCAUCUUUUAUCCUGCGUGCCGCGGCAGUUCUUAUAAAGGACACUGUCUACUACAAGAUUUACUCAAAAAGACCAAAUGAUGAAACUGGAUGGAUAUUCUACCUCAGUCCAGAGAUUGUAAUCAUUUGCAGGACUGCCCAGUUUUUCAUGCAUUACUUUGUUGGGGCAAAUUACUUCUGGCUAUUGGUAGAAGGAAUUUAUCUGCACACAUUAUUGAUAACUGUGGUACUCUCUGAAAGACGACUGCUGCAGGCAUACAUUGUGAUAGGAUGGGUUGUUCCAAUCCUGUUUGUGGGCCCUUGGGGAAUAACCAGAUCCAAACUGGAGAACACUGGGUGCUGGGGGACAAAUGAACACAUGGGGAUCUGGUGGAUCAUCCGAGGUCCAAUGCUGUUUUCCAUCACAGUUAACUUUGGCAUCUUCUUAAAAAUCCUCAGAAUGCUGAUUUCCAAACUGAAAGCUCAGCAAAUGACCUUUCAUGACUACAAAUACAGACUGGCAAGAUCUACACUUGUGCUGAUUCCAUUGUUGGGGAUCCACGAGUUUGCAUUUACCUUCAUCACUGAUGAACAGGUGGAAGGACUUUCAAGACAUAUAAGACUUUUCAUUCAGCUGACAAUGAGCUCAUUUCAUGGCUUUUUGGUAGCAGUUCUCUAUUGCUUUGCUAAUGGAGAGGUGAAAGCAGAGCUCCAGAAGCAGUGGUCCCGUUUCCUGCUGGCAGAUCCCUUCGGCUGCAAACUCUGCUUUCUCGGGGAAAACAUCAAGUACCUCAGGAAAUGUUCACAGAAACGGAAAAAACAGCACCUCAGCAGCAAACACCGCUUCUGCCUGGAGGUGAGCAAGCCCUGGGACAUGCAGGUGCAGCGGGUGCUGAGGAGGCAGAGGACAGAGCCCAGCCCAGGACCCCCCCAGAUGAGCAUGUCCGACAGCAGCGAGGGAGAGGUCACCACCGGAGAGACAACCGAGGAAGUCUUUGAGGAAAGCGAAAUUUAGAGAGCUGGGGCAGCAUCUCCCAACAGCCAGGGCUCCGAAAGAUCUUUCACCUCCAGACUGUUCUGAGCUCUGGAAUGUGCAGUGCAAGGACGAAGCCGUUGAUAUCCCAGAUGUUCCAGGUUUCUUGAUCUGAGAAAAAUGUUUUCUGGAUGUUGCUAACCGGUGUGGCUGGGUAGAGGAGGUCAUCGGGAUGGAUCACUUCUGCUUUGAGCUGACAUUUCUGCUUUCGUGACCUACACCAGGCAGCAGGAUGGACUCUGGAAAUCAGGAGGCUCUGGAGACACUGCCCUUCGAGUCACACAGUGAGAAGCUGUUAUUUUCUCAUGGGAGUGGUUCAUAAAUAGAGAGACGUGUGUGGCAGACUCCUUUCUUCACAGACUGAAAUCAUACCCCAUCUCAAGAAAACCACCCCAAUUUUAGACCAAACCAGACCAAAUAUAUAUAUAUAUAUAUAUAUAUAAAACCCCAAAAAUAAACUUGGGAAGAAGCAAACUUUUGAUACAUUUUUGAGCAUCUUCACCUAAAGUUUAGUGCUGGAAAUAAAUGUCAUUAUGAGAUGAAAACCCAAAAUAUUUCCAUGGAAUGUGCCCAAAUGAAAUGUUCUGUUACAAUUUUUGUUACCUUAUUUUUUUUUUCUGUUCUUGCUUUUGACACAAGCCACUGUGACUUCUGGUUUGCCCUACGUGUGUCCUUAAUGACAAAGCAGCUCAGUGGUAAGUGAUGCCUCCACCUUCCUCCCAGGGGCCCCAAAGUGGAUAAAGACAUGGGAUUGUGACAGCACCAAAAGAAUAUUGUGAAAUCCUUCUUCCACCAUUUGACAAGAGCCACGGUGAAGUUUCAUUUCUCAAAUACAAACUCAUCCAGAGACCUAUGAAAUGCAAUUGAGUUUGUUAAUAUUCUAUGAUCCAGCUUAUAUAACUUACCAAUGCUUUUAGGAUUAUUUAUCAGGCUACAAAGGUUUAGCCUUUGGCAGUUAUGAUAUACUCUUUUGUUGCAAAGAACAGAUCAAUUCAUUGACUAGCACUAGUUCAAGAACAUACUUCUGGCACUUUAAAAAAGUAUUUAUUUUACAGUCCUAUAUGUGUUAACCUAUUUAAUCAAUACAAAGUUGUAUAUUUCAGUAAUAUAUUAAUAAACUGUAAA